AUGUUCCAUGCAGCCUGGAAGGACCUCGGGGGUCCCUUCCACAACCCCUCCCCACGGGGAUCUUCUCCUGGGCCCAGCAGCCUCAGAGGCACGGGAGCAAAUGGGGCCGCCCUGGGCUACACGCCCCUCCUGUCCAGAGAGGCCAGUGCCCUCUCCCCACCCCGCCCCCACUGGGGCUGCCAGCCUCUGCCUGGAAUGAUCGUUGAGAACGGGGGCUGUUAUUACCUCUCACCAGCCGGGGCCACUCGGCUGCCCACGGACCCUGGGUCUUGGCUGGACCGGUGGAGGGCCAGUGGGCCCCUUCGGUGUCUUUGCCUCUUGGCCGCAGCAUUGCUGAGUGACCCGGCCUGGACCUGCCCGGCCCCCUGCCAGUGCUUUGGGAACACCACCGUCUUCUGCACCGAGGACGUCCCCGAAGGAAUCCCUCCCAAUGCCACCCGGCUGGUGUUUGCAGAGACCUCCCUGCAGUCCCUCCGCAGCCGGGCGUUUGGCAACAGCAGUGCCCUGACCAUGCUGCUCCUCCUCAAGAACCCCCUCCUCUGCUCCGUAGAAGAGGCAGCCUUCGAGGGGCUGCCAAACCUCCGAGAGCUGGCCAUCUCUGGGAGUAACCUGAGCACCCUGGCCAGGGAGUCCUUGGCGGGCUUGGCCCACCUCCGCCAACUCUCUGUCAAGUUCAGCCCCCUGGCCACCCUGGAGGGGGGCCUCUUCAACAGCACCCCUGCCUUGAAAUCCCUUCACCUAGAAGGAAACCAGCUAGAGCUUCUGCCCCCCAACAUCUUCCAUCCGCUGAAGGAGCUGGAGACGCUACAUCUGGCUCAAAAUCUCCUGGCUGGGCUGCCAGAGGAGGCCUUUGAGCCCCUGGCGCUGCUCCAGGUGCUCCGUCUGAGCGACAACCGGUUGUCCCGCCUCCUGCCGGAAACCUUCUCUCCCCUGGUGGAGCUUCGGGAGCUCUUCCUGGAUGGGAACGGGCUGACGGAGCUGCCCGGGGGCCUCUUCUCCCGGCUCUCCAGGCUGAAAAGGCUCUGUCUGCGGUACAACGGCCUCAGGCUCCUCUGCCCCACCGCCUUCUCCUUGCUCUCCGGCUUGGCCACCUUGGAUCUGGACAACAACCGGCUCGCUGACCUGCCAGAGGGGCUCUUUGAGGGGACACCCAACCUCACUCGCCUCUCUGUGGCCCACAACCAUCUCCGGAGCAUCCCGGACGGGCUCUUGGCCCCCCUCUCCCGCCUGUCCAGCCUGGUCCUCUCCCACAACCUCCUCGGCAACCUGUCGGCCGGGGCCUUCCAAGGCCUCUCCACCCUCACCCAGCUGCACCUGGACCACAACCACCUGCGCGCGCUGCCGAGGGACGCCUUUGCCAACCUCACCAGUCUGACGGCCCUGGACCUGGCCAGCAACCGCCUGGCCUCGCUGCCAGAGGGGAUCUUUGAUGGCAACGCCCACCUCUACAGUGUGGCGCUGGAAGGAAAUCCCUGGGCCUGUGACUGUCACCUGGCAGGCCUGGUCUCUUGGCUGCGGGAGGACAGGUGGCGGCUCAAGGCAGACGCCUUCUGCCGCCGGCCAGACUACUUGGAGCAAGUGAGCCUCCAAGCCGUCCGGGAAGAGCUGCUGGUUUGUCUGCCUGACCCAGAAGCUGCCCACUGCCGGGCACAGGCUCAGGGUGCCUCCGGUGCCCCCUGGUCUGGGUGCCUCUACCUGGACGCGGCUGGGGCCAUUCAGCUCACCUGCAGUGCAGACCGCUGCCACCAGCUGAGCCUGUGUCUCCCACGGGAGGAGCGCUUGCGUGCCUCGCGGCCCCUGAAUUUCAGCGGGGAGUGGGCCCUGGACUCUCAGUGCGGGGCAAGGAGAGUCCGGAUAAUGGUGACCAUUCAGGAAGAAGAGCCCCCGUAG